AUGUAUCCAACCUUUAAUAAGAAUUCGACUUCGUAUUAGUACUUCCACAUGUUGAUAUUAUUUUACCAAAAAUCCACAAACAUUCAUUCAUUCAUUCAUUCAUUCAUGCUUCUUUUGAUUGUGUUACAAAAUGAGAUUGAAAAACAUUAUUACAAUUACAUUGAAACAUUCAAAUUCACUUCACACUCAUGCCUUUAAAAUUCCACAACAUCACAGCAAUAACAACUACCUUAAACUCAUUCAUUCAUGUAAACAUUUGAACCCUCUCCUCCAAAUCCAUGCUCAUUUCCUUGUCUCUGGUCUCUUCCGCCAAUUCAACUCACCUCAAUCAACAUUCACAAACCCAUCUCUAAUUCUUUGUAAUUCAUUAAUUAGAGCUUAUUGUAAAUUUCAAAAGUUCCAUAAAGGUAUAAACUUGUAUCAUAGAAUGUUUGAAAUUGGACUUAAACCUGAUAAAUAUACAUUUACCUUUGUUUUGAAGGCUUGUACUGGUGCAUUAGAUUUUCAUGAGGGUGUUUCUGUUUAUAAAGAUGUGGUUUUUAAAGGGUUAGAAUGUGAUGUGUUUAUUGGGACAGGUCUUAUUGACAUGUUUUGUAAAAUGGGUCAUUUGGAUAGUGCAAGGAAGGUGUUUGAUAAAAUGCCGAAGAAAGAUGUUGCUUCUUGGAAUGUGAUGAUUUCGGGUUUGUCGCAGAGCUUAAAUCCUUGUGAGGCGUUGGAAAUGUUUUGGAGGAUGCAGAGGGAAGGUGUGGAGCCUGAUACUGUGAGUAUAUUGAACAUUGCGCCUGCUGUUUCUAGAUUAGAGGAUAUUGGUUGUUGUAAGUCCAUUCAUGGUUAUGUUGUUAGGAGAAGUAUUUGUGGUGUGGUUUUGAAUUCAUUGAUUGAUAUGUAUUCUAAAUGUGGUGAGGUACAUUGGGCUCGUCGGAUAUUUGACCGGAUGCGGGUUAUGGAUGAUGAUGUCUCAUGGGCAACAAUGAUGGCUGGAUAUGUACAAAAUGGUUGUUACUUUGAAGUUCUUCAAUUGCUUGAUAAAAUGAGGCAUGAAAAUGUUAAGAUGAACAAGGUAGCAGUUAUAAAUGCUCUUUUGGCAGCUGCAGAGAUGAGAGACCUGGAGAGAGGGAAAGAAGUUCAUAAUCGCGCUUUACAGAUGGGGAUAAUGUCAGAUAUUGUUGUUGCUACUCCAGUAGUGAGCAUGUAUGCAAAAUGUGGUGAGUUGAAGAAGGCUAAUGAAUUGUUUCUGAGUCUUGAAGGAAGAGAUUUGGUUGCUUGGUCUGCUUUUUUAUCAGCUCUUGUCCAAGCUGGAUAUCCUGAAGAAGCAUUGUCUAUGUUCCAAGAGAUGCAGCAUGAAGGUUUGAAACCAGAUAAAGUGAUUCUGUCGAUUCUUGUUUCCGCUUGUGCAGAAAGUUCAAACCUUAGAUUAGGCAAGAGUAUGCACUGCUAUGCAAUUAAAGCAGAUAUGGAAUCUGACACAUCAACAGGAACAACCCUUAUUUCAAUGUACACUAGAUUAGAAUUAUUUACUUAUGCUAUGACACUAUUCAACAGAAUGCAAAAUAAAGAUGUUGUGGUGUGGAAUACUUUGAUAAAUGGGUUUACUAAAUAUGGCGACCCACGUCUUGCAUUGGAAAUGUUCCAUCGAUUGCAAUUAAGUGGGAUUCAACCAGAUAGUGGAACCAUGGUGGGUUUGGUUUCAGCUUGCGCCAUUAUGGAUUACCUAGAUCUAGGAACAUGCUUGCAUGGAAAUAUUGAAAAGAGUGGUUUUGAAUAUGAUAUUCAUGUAAAAGUUGCUUUAAUGGACAUGUAUGCCAAGUGUAGGAGCCUUUGCUCAGUUGAACAGUUGUUUCUCUUAACCAAGCAUGUAAAGGAUGAGGUAUCUUGGAAUGUGAUGAUUACAGGGUAUCUGCAUCAUGGAUGUGCCAAUGAAGCAAUUUGCACUUUUCGACGGAUGAAAUUGGAAAAUGUCAGGCCUAAUUUAGUCACAUUUGUGACCGUACUUUCUGCCGUAUCAUAUUUGUCAAUAAUAAGAGAGGCCAUGGCUUUUCAUGCCUGCAUAAUCCGAAUGGGAUUUUUAUCCAGUUCCCUUCUUGGAAAUAGUCUCAUAGAUAUGUAUGCUAAAUGCGGACAACUCAGUUAUUCUGAGAAUUGUUUUCAUGAAAUGGAAAACAAAGACACUAUCUCAUGGAAUACAAUGCUUUCGGCCUAUGCAAUGCACGGCCAAGGUGAACUUGCCGUCGCUUUCUUUUCCCUAAUGCAAGAGACUAAUGUACGUGUUGAUUCUAUUUCCUUCAUCAGUGUAUUAUCUGCUUGUAGACAUGCUGGUUUAAUUCAGGUAGGAAGGGACAUUUUCACAUCCAUGUGUGGAAAGCACCACAAUGUUGAACCCAAUAUGGAACACUAUGCCUGCAUGGUUGAUCUUUUGGGCUGUGCUGGUUUAUUUGAUGAAGUUUUGAGUUUAAUUAAUAAAAUGCCAAGAGAACCUGAUGCUCAAGUUUGGGGCGCCCUUUUGGGAGCAUGUAAAAUCCAUUCCAAUGUUUCCUUAGGAGAGGUUGCCCUGCAUCAUCUCCUUAAACUUGAACCAGGAAACGCAGCUCAUUACGUAGUUUUGUCAGAUAUUUAUGCUCAAUGUGGUCGGUGGAAUGAUGCCAGAAGGACAAGAUCACAUAUGAAUGAUCACGGAUUGAAGAAAAUUCCUGGUUAUAGUUGGGUUGGAGCUCACAAACAAGUUUCAUGCCUUUCUUGCUAGUGAGAAAGCUCAGACACUUAGUUAGCACAGACUAACAGUUUACUUACAAAUGCAAUGGAAUAUUUUCUUUAAAACCGAACAAAGUAGAAGGUAUGCAAUCAAAGUUCCUCUUUCAAAUUAGAAAUGGAAAAGAAGGCUACAAGAAUCACUAUGUUGUGUAAUCAUGUGCAGUAGAAUUUCAACACAUUGUCAUUAUGUGUAACAUUUGGAAACCUGGAAUGUCUAUCCCUGUAAGCUGUGUAAUUUUUGGAAUCCUCACUUUGCAUUGCCUAGCAUGUGCUGUUAUACAGCAGCUGGAGGUGGUAAUGGAAAGAAGCGACGAUGAUAUGAAUGAUUUAGUGCGCUGAUCAAAUCUGCUUCCUAGAAUUAGGAUUGCAAACGCUGCAGAAGUAAGAUCAAAAGAACAGUCUAAUUCUACAGAAGAUAACAACAUUGGGAAUGAAGCCAUUGGAAGUUAGCCGCGGUCGCAAACGUCCUGAACAGAAAUACUGGAGAGUACUGCCUGUUUUGCGUGUUGGUCAGAUUUCACAUUGCUUCUAUGAGAAACAGAUGGAAGGUUAUUUUGGACAAUUUGGAAUUAUCAAGAAAAUCAAAGUUACGAGAAAUAAAAAGGUUGUUUCCCGAAUGGAUUUACUACGUAUGUGAGGAUUACUCAGGUAACAUUUCAUUCUCAGCCUCCAGAAAAGAGAAUUUGACAGUUGAUCCUAAGCUUGCCGAAGCUCUAGCCAUUCAUUGGUGCCUGCAACUUGAAAAGGACCAAAAUCUGAAGUAUACUAUAAAGCAUGAGAAUGAAGGGAGAGCAAUUUUUGAUAUAUGUUAAGUUAUAUUUUGUGUAAAGAGUCUAGCUUCAAUAUUUAUUGUUCAACAAUGAUUCAAACAAAUAUAUUACCAAUAGUAGAAGAAACAUGUGGAAAAAUAAACGAAAAUAGGUUCAAUAGGUUGUUUCUUAUUGUUUUGUUUGCAUGAAUCGACCCUCUCAACUUAUCCACUAGAGAAUGCCUUUUUAAUGCAGCCACCAAUUAAUUUUGAGAUUAAAUAGGUUCUUUCUUACUGUUUCCUUGGCAAAUUAUAGAAUUUGAUUGUAAUAAUGAUAUUUGUCAAGGAGAAAACCAAAUAUUGCAUUAAAUCUUAUAAAUUGCCAAUUAUUCAAAUC